GUUGUUUCCACGGGUGGCGUGCUUACGAAAGCGCCUGCAAUCGACGGAGACUGCGUGCUUCGCUCGCGAUCACAGGCUGACUGGGAAAGUCGUGGUCAUGAAAACCGAGGUUUCAGGCGACGAAGGCGAGCUGACAUAAGUGCUGACGGCUGCACGUCAACGCGCCAGCUGCCGUCGCGUGCAUGA